AAAUAAAAUAUAAAUUACGUCUGUUUAGGAGGAAUAAUUUUGAUAAGUGCAAUCGUUCGACAAUUAUCGAGUAACGAAUAUUCGUUUCGUUAAAUCGUAUAUAUUAUCCAAAGUAAAUAUAGUCGAGUUGACCUUUGAAAUUUUGACAACAGACAAUAAUAGUGUGCAAUUCAAAUUAUUCAAUAGAAACAAGUAGCCAAAAUAUUUAUAACGUAAAAUCUACUUUAUUGACAGCAGUUUUCAAUAUAAAUAAAAAAGUGAUUGGUUUUUUUUUUAAUUAUUUCUCGCCAUCUGUGACACAAGACACAACCGUCAUCAUCAACAAUCAGUUUUCAGUUACCAAAAGUAGAAGUCAGGUCAAAUAUUUUUGUGAAAUAUAAAAGUUUAUUAAACGUUUAAAUGUAGUGUGAAAAUGUAUAUUUUACGUGGACGAGUUGUUGACGUUUUAAUGCAUUGAAGAACCAUUGCUGUAAAAUCUAAAUUUAUAGCACGACUAUAGUGUUUACAUAAGAAAUAUUCUUUGUUUUGAAAAUGAGUAGUGGAAGCCACCAAUAUUUACAAAGUCCAAGUUCAAAGAGUUCUUCUAAUGUUCGACCAAAUGAUAUUGAACACGUAUCGCAACUUUCUGAACAUUUAGCAGCCUUAUGUUUAAAUCAAGAACAUUCUGAUGUCGUAUUAAUAGUCGAGGGUCAUAAAUUAAAUGCACAUAAAGUUAUAUUAGCUGCUAGAAGCGAUUAUUUUCGGGCUCUUUUGUAUGGAGGGCUUAAGGAAACAUCGCAAAACGAAAUUGUGUUACCUGACGCUCCUUUAAAAGCUUUCAAAGUACUGUUGAAAUAUAUCUAUACAGGUCAUAUGUUUCUAACAACGUUAAAAGAAGAUGUUAUACUCGACACACUGGGCUUGGCCCAUCAAUACGGUUUUCAGGAGUUAGAAACUGCCAUUUCUGAGAUAUUAAAACAAUUAUUAGCGUUAAAUAACGUUUGUGCUAUUUUGGAUACCGCUCACUUAUAUAGUUUAGAAAAAUUAGUUUUGGUUUGUCAUGGUUUUUUGGAUAGACACGCAUCUGAAAUAUUAACGCACGAGACAUUUGUCCAACUUUCACAGACUUCUCUGGUAAAACUCCUACAACGACAUUCGUUUUUUGCACCAGAAGUUGAUAUAUUCAGAGGAGUUUGCUCUUGGUGUAAAGUUAACGAAGAUAAAAACGAUUUGGUUAUGAAAUGUGUUAGAUUACCUUUGAUGAGCGUUGCGGAUUUACUUUCUGUUGUGAGGCCUGCGGGGCUAGUGAAACCUGAUGCUUUACUAGAUGCUAUAGCCGAAAGAACUAAUAUUAGACUUAGCAGUUUGCCCCACAGAGGUCAAUUGAUUUUGGAUGAAAAUGUGGCUUCGCCAAGGUUCGGUUCGAAAGUUGUUUCUGGGGAACUCAUGGAAUAUUUAUUGGACGGGGAUUAUUAUUCUUACGAUAUGGAAAAAGGAUAUACAAGGCAUGGGAUAAACGGACCCGGGGAUCAUGGAAUUAUCGUCAAAUUAGGGCAACCUUCGAUUAUUAACCAUAUUAGAAUGUUAUUAUGGGAUAGAGAUGUAAGAUCCUACUCGUACUACAUCGAAGUAUCGAUGGAACAGAAAGAUUGGGUGCGCGUCAUCGAUUACAGCCAAUACAGUUGCCGUUCUUGGCAAUAUUUAUAUUUCGAAAACCGAGUCGUACAAUACAUCAGAGUUGUCGGUACGCACAACACCGUCAACAAAGUAUUCCAUUUGGUGUCAUUGGAAGCCAUGUGCCGAUCGCAACUUCCCAAAAUGGUGAACGACGUCAUCUGUCCGAAUUACAACGUUGCCACGUUAGACAAAAGCGCCGUCGUCAUCGAGGGCGUCAGUCGAUCGCGCAACACGCUUUUGAACGGCGACACCAAAAGAUACGAUUGGGAUUCGGGUUACACUUGCCACCAAUUGGGAUCCGGGGCCAUACUCGUCCAAUUAGGUCAACCUUACAUCAUAUCGAGCUUGAGGUUGCUGUUAUGGGAUUGCGACGAUAGGAGUUACAGUUAUUACAUAGAAUCGUCGAUAAAUUUUUGGGAAUGGGAGGUGGUCGUCGAUAAUACGAGGGAGAAUUGCAAAUCUUGGCAAGUCGUACGUUUCCCGCCGAGGCCUGUGGUGUUCGUCAGGAUCGUCGGGACGCACAAUACGGCUAACGAGGUAUUUCAUUGCGUACAUUUCGAAUGUCCGUCAAUGGAAGAAAUCGAAUCUCCGAUUGUAACCGUAAAGCAAAAUCAUCAAAACGAAUCCGUUGCCGAACAAGACAACAAUCAACCGACCGAAACCGCGACCGAGGCCGAAGAAAUGCAACCAAACGACAUCGAUAAUGUUUUGCAAUAAAAAACUGAUCGACGGAAAGUUUCUCGGUCUCAUUAGGGGAAUGUUUAUGUGGGUUUCUCACUGUUCGGUUCAAUCGAAUGAAUUUCUGUCUAGCGUUUUUUGGGUAUCGAAGUUUUUCUUGUUUUGAUCGAUCUAGUGGAAACCCGACGUUUCUGCAAUUUAUAACGACAUAACGGGUGAAAAAUAUUAAAUUAUUUGUUAGUUACCACAGAAUUAUAAUGUCCUGUGAUUUAUUUUUCGUGACUUUCCCUCGUUCGUUACAUUUUUAUUGUUUGAAAUUUUCUUUUUUGUAAUAAAGAUCAUUUUUAUUUUGA